UAAAAUCCUCUCUGUGUUUCAAACAGUGAUAGUUAACGUUAGCCUUAGCCAUAUGAGGAUGACACAACUCUGUCUCAAAUAACUCGCUCUUCUUUGAGUACUUGUUUUUUCUGGCCUCUCUCUCCCAUGAUAAAAAAUGUUACUUUCUAUGAACAAGCACCCCCCUUUCACUCUCCUACCAACAACCCUAAUUCAACCUCCGAUACUCUCCCCUCAAUACCUUAAACCCACUCUAAAACCCCGUAAAUAUAUCUUCCUUAUCCGGAGCUCCAUAACCCGACCUGAGAAUCAAGCCCUUCCUCAGUCUGCCAUCCAACGGAUUGCUGACAAGCUCCGGUCACUUGGAUUCUCUGAGACCCCGAACCCACAACCUGAAUCCGAAUCUGGGUCCGGGUGCCCCGGAGAAAUCUUUGUCCCUUUACCAGAGAAGUUACCAAAGUACCGGGUCGGACAUACGAUUGAUUCAAGCUGGAGUACACCGGAGAACCCGGUGCCGGACCCUGGUUCGGAUCCGGGGAGCUUGAUGGUAAGGUUCAGGGACAUGAAGAGGGAGAGGAAGAAAAUGGGGAGGGUGAAGGAGGAGGAGAGGGUGGUUCCAAGUUUGGCUGAGCUGAAGCUGUCUGCGGCGGAGCUAAAACGGUUGAGGACGGUGGGAAUUGGUGAGAAACGGAAGUUGAAGGUUGGGAAAGCUGGGAUUACGGAGGGAAUUGUGAAUGGGAUCCACGAAAGGUGGAGAAAGAGUGAAGUAGUUAGAAUUGUUUGUGAGGAUAUUUGUAAAAUGAAUAUGAAGAGGACUCAUGAGGUUUUGGAGAGAAAAACUGGAGGAUUGGUUAUUUGGAGAUCUGGAAGUAAAAUAAUAUUAUAUAGAGGAGCCAAUUACAAGUAUCCUUAUUUCUCAGCUGAUAAAAUAGGAACACAUGACAGUUCAUCCAAUGCUUCAUCAGAUACAAAUGUGGAUAAUAAGGAACUCGAUGAAACAGAAAGCUGCUCAUCUGAAUUCAAUGGUGUAAAAACUUCUACUCCUAAAGCAACUGACAAAAUGACUAAACGAGCACUAAUCCAAGGUGUUGGCUCUCCAAGUAGGGUAAGGUUUCAACUGCCAGGUGAGGCAGAACUUGUUGCAGAAGCUGACCGCCUGUUAGAUGGAUUGGGUCCAAGGUUUACGGACUGGUGGGGAUAUGAGCCUCUUCCAGUCGACGGUGAUCUCCUACCUGCUAUUAUUCCUGGAUAUAGGAGACCUUUCCGCCUUCUUCCUUAUGGUGUGAAGUCACUGCUCACAAAUGAUGAAAUGACCACUUUAAGAAGACUUGGUCGACCCCUGCCCUGUCAUUUUGCAUUAGGAAGAAAUAGAAAACUUCAGGGAUUGGCUGCAUCCAUUAUCAAGCUCUGGGAAAAAUGUGAGAUUGCCAAAAUUGCUGUAAAGAGAGGUGUACAGAACACAAAUAGUGAAUUGAUGGCAGAAGAGUUGAAGUGGCUGACUGGAGGAACUUUGCUCUCACGAGAUAAGGACUUUAUUGUCCUGUAUAGGGGAAAAGAUUUCCUGCCUUCUGCUGUUUCUUCUGCAAUAGAAGAGCGGAGAAAGCAUGUAAUUCAUGCGGAGAAUCAGAGUGGAAAAACCAUGCAGGAGGUACAUGGAGAGGGUGCUAAAAUUGCCUCUGAAAAUGAUAUUAAUAGUGCCAAGGAUCGCAAAAGUGAUGUUUUCAGUAUCCGAAAGAACUUGAACUCUGCUGAAGCAACUAUUAAAAGGACUAGCUCGAAGUUAUCUAUGGCACUGGAGAAGAAAGCAAAGGCCGAGAAACUUCUAGCGGAGCUGGAGCAGGAGGUGAUCCCUCAACAAUCUGAAAUUGACAAAGAGGGUAUAACUCGAGAAGAAAGAUAUAUGCUUCGGAAGGUUGGCCUGAGAAUGAAGCCUUUCCUCCUAUUGGGUAGACGGGGAGUAUUUGAUGGAACAGUUGAAAAUAUGCAUCUUCAUUGGAAGUACAGGGAACUUGUGAAGAUAAUUUCUAAGGAGACAAAUGUUGAAGCUGUUCACCAAGAAGCACAAAUAUUAGAGGCAGAAAGUGGUGGAAUAUUAGUGGCUGUGGAGAGGGUAAGCAAGGGUUAUGCAAUCAUCUUUUAUCGUGGAAAGAACUAUGAACGGCCUACUUGUCUGAGACCUCAGACACUUCUUACUAAAAGAGAGGCAAUGAAGCGCUCUUUAGAGGAACAGCGGCGUAAGUCUUUGAAACUACAUAUUUUGAAGCUUACAAGAAACAUAGAUGAACUGAAGCACCAAUUGGUUGUAGACAAAGAGGCAAGUAACACGCUAGCUGCUGACCAAUCAAGAUUGCCAUCGGUAGAAGAGGAAAUGGAGACAUUGCAGUCAGUCAAAUGUGCUAGAUCAGAUAUUGAAUAUCAUGCAUCUCCAGAAGGGCAUUUAGAGGCAAAAGACAAAUCUGAGUCAACUUCCAUGAAAAAUGAUAGAAUGGUUGCUGCAGUUAGUAUUAGCGAGCCUUCUGAACAAGUGCUUGUGGAACCAUCUUCAAUACAUGAUGGGGUCGAGAAUCAUAAAACAGAACCUGAAUUUUCAUCAGAAUCUGUGAACAGAAGAAAACAUAAUACCGAAUUGAGGGCUUUGCAUUCUCAAUUUGAAAUGGUUGAAUCCUCAUCUCACCAUGAUAACCUUAUGGAAGAAAAUGCUUACAAUAAUGGGCCGAUGGAAUCAAUGGUCGAAUCUGCUAGCAAAAAUUUGGAUGUUUUGAUUUCACCAGCAGCUGACAAUGUCUCGAAUAAAAUGGCUUCAACAGCAAAGUUUCUUUCUAACAAAGAAAGACUUCUUUUACGAAAGCAAGCUCUCAAUAUGAAGAAACGUCCCGUGCUCGCAGUUGGGAGGAGCAACAUUGUGACCGGUGUGGCAAAAACAAUCAACACACACUUUAAAAAACAUCCUCUUGCUAUAGUGAAUGUGAAAGGGAGGGCUAAAGGGACCUCUGUGCAGGAAGUGGUGCUAAAGCUGCAGGAAGCAACUGGUGCAGUUCUAGUUUCUCAAGAACCUAGCAAAGUCAUACUAUAUCGAGGUUGGGGUGCCAAUGAUGAACCAGCCCGUGGUGAUAAGAGGAAUGUAAAAGAUUCACCGGUUCAGAAUCAGCCUGCUGUGUCCCCCGAACUUAUUGCUGCAAUCAAAUUUGAAUGUGGCUUGCAAUGCCACCAAGAGGAACAGGCACCUUGACAGAAUUUUGAAGGCAUAUAUUCAUUGGUCCUUCAACUGGAACAGAGGAACACUUGUCUAGGUCAAGCUGCCUUGAUACUGCUCUCCGCAUUCUCCGGUUAUGUUCAUCAAGCAUGGUGUACGUAUUCUCACUGCUUUUGAACUAGUCACUUCCACAUGCGCAACAAAAGUAAAUACCAUAUUGACAUCUUGAUGGUACAACAGUAGGGAUCUUUUUUCAUGUCCUGUUGUCAAUAAAGCCAAUAUUGCAAAACAAGGUUGAUAAUUGAUAUUCAGCUUGUUUCGUCAGUAAGUGUUGCCUUUGCCCUGUGUAGCAUAUAUAGUUAAAUGAUCCGAGUCUUGAGACUUUGUCUAACUCGUUUUUUUGUAAGUAUAAAAUUUUAGAAACACGAGAAAAAUCCUUGGUAUAUUUUUCUCCAUGAAGUAUGUUUAUCAGCCUCAAGACUUUAAAAAUUCUCUAGCGUUGAGUAAGCUGGCUGUCUAUCUUGAAUAUGAUUUUGGUUCCAUAUUAA